GUUUAACGUCCAUAUUUAAUCUUGCAAUUUUAAACAUCCAAAAGGAGUGUUUAACACGUACAAGAAGACCCGUCCCUGCUACUGACAUCACAGCACAUUUGGUUUUUGUAAACAAGUCCAUAUAAGAUCUGAGAAGACAGGCAAGGAAGCUGAUCCAGAUUAACAUUUCUACUCACUUGGAACGUAAGAAAAGCAAGGUAUUUAUAGAAUUGGAGCAUUAGUGAUACAAAUAAGGGACGGGCUAUGUUAUUUUAUAUAUAUUAUUUUAUAUAACACAUUUAUCAAGGUCUAUGAAAUGUGGAAAUGAUGCAUUAUAACAUGCAGGGACGGGAGUCUGUAAAAUGUAAGCUUUACAAGGGUGACACACAAAACAUUUAUUAGUUCUAUAUUUUAAAUGGAUAAGACUAACUUGUCAAACUCUGAACAUUCCUUGGGGAAAAUUACUGGCCAUCCUAAUUUGCAUAAUUAAUUAUAUGCGUGACAUCACAAGACAUGACAUCACAAGGCAUAACAUCACACGGAGUGACAGAAUAGGAAAUAAAAAUACAUUCAUAAGGGGAAAAUUCCAUAAAUCACUAAAAAAAAAUUACUUAAAAUUUAAUUUUGCUGUAUAGAGGGAUUGAAGCGCAGUUUGGGGAGAUUGGAACUACUAUCUGGUGCUCACGCAAUAGACCCAGGCCAGCUGCAGGCUGUCUGUGAUCAGCCCUGUCUGCAUCAUAGCCAAAGGACACAUGUACAAAUACACAGGGGGUUUAUUCACUAAACAAUAUAAUGAAUUACAAUCCACAUUUUAAAAUGUACGUUAAAUUAGUGAAGCCGUGCCAAUGCUGAAUUGGAGAUUUAUACCAAAUCAGUAAUUUUUGCAAUUAAUAUUUCAAUGCACUGCAUUACACAGUUUAGUAAAUAACCCUCUGUGGUUUAUUCGCUAUCCUAAAGAAUUCAGUGUACCAAAUUAGAAACCAAACUACAAAGUUAAGGCCAAAGAGUGGAUUUGUAAUAUUGUACUGCUAUAGUCCCAAGUAUGGCUAUUUAGGGCUUGAACUUAGCAUUUUGUUUGUAAAAAAAAAAAAGGUGGAUGGAUUAUCUUGGCAAAAGAGAAGUGCUCACGAACACAGAUUUAGACAGAUUUGUGAACAAUAUUUGAGAGAAAUAUGCCUUUUGUGUCCAUAGAAAAAGUCUUAAAUCUUUGAUUUCAGCUCAUGAAAAAUGGGGGCAAAAACAAAAGGGUUGCAUUUAUAAUUUUGUUCAGUGGAUAUAGGGAUGGAAUAGAAAUAGAUAUAUAAAAAAUAGUUUUUGUAUAAAAGUAUAUACAAAAGGAUAGAGGGAGAAGAAGACCUAAUAAAUAGAGCUCUUAAACUGGAUAAAAAUAGGGGUCCACCAAAAAACCUAUGAAGCAAUAUAAAAGAGAUGAUUGCCACUAGAUUAGCAGCAAUAGGGAUCCAGGAGCUGACAAAUAAAUACUAAAAGGAUGUGAAAAAAAUAGAAAUAUAUAGAGAGUAAUAAAAAAUUAAAAGUAUUAUAGAGAACAUAAAAAAGUAAAAGAGUGUUUGUGAAUAUACAAAUAUGUGUGGCAGGAUUGUUAGUCCAGGUAGUGAAAAACUCUGGGUAACAUCAAUCUAUGCCAAAUACUAUACUUUCAUACACAACAUGAGUAAGAAAGAUAAACAGGCAUCAUUCCCUCAAAAUAUGCAGCCUGCCUAAAAUACCAUAUAUAUUAUGGAUCUAUGAUAAUAAGCAGACACCAGUAUAUAGAAAACUGGCUGCUCAAAGCAAUGUAGAAAAAAUAGCUAUAUCGCUAGAGAGUGAUAAAAUAUCAAAGUCAGUUUAUUGAAACAAAUAUAAAAAUGUAAAAAUAUAUUAAAAUAUAUGUCCACAAUUAAGGCAAUAGGUGAUAAAAGGUAAAAAUAGUACAGAGACCUUUGCUGCCGGCACGGAUGGAUGUGGAUGGUGAUUUCUCAUACAGUAUUCAGAUGCUGGUAACCUGUGAGGUUGGUUUGCGUGUCACAGUGCGUUCCACCUCGAGCCUCACUUCGAGGGGAACGACACUGCUCUCCAGAUCGUGCUGUUGGGGAGGAUGAACUCCAAACUCCAAACCGAUCGCCGGAUUGCUGUGCUCGUGCCUCUUCACCUUCUCACUCUAUCGCUGUGUGGACUCUCUCGAACUAGUCUAGUAUAGUAUUUGGCAUAGAUGUUACCCAGAGUUUUUCACUACCUGGACUAACAAUCCUGCCACACAUAUUUGUAUAUUCACAAACACUCUUUUACUUUUUUAUGUUCUCUAUAAUACUUUUAAUUUUUUAUUACUCUCUAUAUAUUUCUAUUUUUUUCACAUCCUUUUAGUAUUUAUUUGUCAGCUCCUGGAUCCCUAUUGCUGCUAAUCUAGUGGCAAUCAUCUCUUUUAGAAAUAGAUAUAUGUCCAUUCCCACAUGUCUCUCUUUCUAUGCCACACCCACCAGUGUCUCUUCUACUAUGUUACCCCAUCUGUGACCCUCUUUCUGUGCCACUCCUAUCAGUCUCUCCUUCUAUGCCUCCCCAUCAGUGACUCUCCUUGUAUACCACACCCAUCUGUGCCUCUCCUAUGCCAUCCCAUCAGUGUCUCUCCUAUGCCACUGCAUAUGUCUAUUCCUUCAUACCACCUCAUUAUGUGCCUCUCCUUUGCCACUGCAUCAGUGUCCCUCCUAUGCCACAUGAUCUGUGUCUCUCCUGUGCCCACCAUUUUUCUUCCUUUUAUGCCACUCCAUUGGUUUCACUUAUUCUAUGCCACCCCAUAUCUCUCCUGCUAUGCCAUCCCAUCAGCGAUUCUCUUUCUAUGCUACACCAUUAGUGUCUCUUUCUAUGCCACCCAGAUAUGCCUAUUCUUUUGCAGUGACAACUCUAGGAUUGAAAUAUAGGGGGGCACAGACACAACAGUCAAAACUGUGAAGGCACCAACAACUUCGACCACUAAACCAUACAGCUAAAAAAACUAAAUAUAUAAAAGAUGUACAUACAAACAAAUUCAGAGGAGGCGAGUGCCAUAUCUACAAAUCAAGUAACAAUCGAGUAAAUACAGUAUUAAGGGAGUUAUUCAAAGCAGAGGAAAUGGUGGAAAUCUAUGCAGUUUUUCCAAAAAGAGACGUUCAAAAGAUUGCAGGAAAGGCUCCCUCAGUGAAGAAUCUUCUUCCGUUGUUUGAAUUUCCUUUUUGUAAAAUGCCAAAGCUCGUAGCCAUUGCAACAGUAUAAGCAAAUUGUAUUAAGUUCAAGAGAUUUGUUACGUACUAUAACAACUGUGAUUUUGUUGUGCACUAAAUGCACAGCUUCCUGAAUCUCCAUGAUGAUGCUAGGCUGCCAUCACAUACAACCCCUGGGCAUCAGUACAUGGUGCAUGAGGAAGCUGUGCAGGCAGUGCCUAUACACAUACACACACACACACACACUGCUGAAUACAUAUUUACAUAGUUACAUAGGCUGAAAAGAGACAUGUGUCCAUCAAGCUCAGCCUUCCUCACAUUUGUUUUUGCUGUUGAUCCAAAAGAAGGCAAAGAAAAACAAAAGAAAAAAAAAACAGUUUGAAGCACUUCAAAUUAUGCAACAAACUAGGGAAAAAAUUCCCUCUUGACCCCAGAAUGGCAGUCAGAUUUUUUCAUUUGAUCAAGAAGCUACUACCCUACAUUAAAAAUUAUAUACUUGAAUAUUCUGUUUUUGCAAGUAUGCAUCUAGUUGCUGUUUAAGCAUCUGUGCGGACUCUGAUAAAACCACUUCUUCAAGCAGAGAAUUCCAUAUCCUUAUUGUUCUUAUGGUAAAAUAACCUUUCCUUUGCCUUAGACUAAAUCUUCUUUCUUCCAGUCUAAACGUAUGACCUUGUGUCCUAUGUAAAGUCUUGUUUGUGAAUAGAUUUUCACACAAUGGUUUGUAUUGGUCCCAGAUAUAUUUGCAGAAUGUUAUCAUAUACCCUAUGAGGCAACAUUUUUCUAAACUAAAGAGGUUUAAAUUUGUUAACUUUCUUCUUAAAAUGUAAUAAUAUCCGUCUUAAGAACAGGUGCCCAAAAUUGCUGAAUACCCACACAGAGAUGAAUACAUGAACAGACUUCCGAAUGCACACAUACACACUGACUGCUGAAUACGCAAAUAUACACUGCUGGAUACAUACACACACAGACUGCUUAAUGCAUAGACUCCGUUUGCUAAAUACACAUACAAACUGCUGAAUACACGCACACACAGACUUCUAAAUACACAGACAGACUGCUGAAAACAAACACACAGACUGCUGAAUAAAUACACACACAGAGACUGCUGAGUACACACAUAGUGCUGAAAAGACACACACACACAGACUGCUAAAUAGAGACACACUAAAUACACACACAGACUGCCGAGUACACACAGACGACUGCUGAAUACACACACACACUGGUAAAUACACACAGAUACUGCUGAAUACACACACACACUGCUAAAUACACACAUAUACUGCUGAAUACACACACACACAGACUACACACAGACUGCUAAAUACACAGACACAGACUACUAUAUCCACAUACACAGAUUGCAGAAUACAUACAGAGACUGCUGAAUACAUACACAUCCAGAUGAAUACACACACAACCUGCUAAAUACACACACAGAGACUGCUGACUACACACACACACACACACACAGAUUGCUGACUACACACAGACUGCUGAAUACACACAAACACACAGACUGCUGAAUGCACACUUAGUUUACCUGAUGCAGGUUGGGAGCUGCUGUGUUGAAAAAGGCACAUUUCUUAGUGGGGAAACGUUGGGGUUGUAGGUUUACACAUGUCCAGCUCUUACAGGUUUUGUGUAAGUUAUUGAAAUUCAAUUGUACAGCUUCUGUCACUGUGUGUUUUUGUUUGGUAUAUUUAGUAUUUUAUAUUAAUAUUGUGUUAUUUGCUGAAUAAAUAUUCUAUUUUAUGUGAAUAUCUUCUUUGGUGUACAUCCUUUUGCAUGUAUGUACCUGUUUUGGGCAUAUUAGGGAUGUCUCUUUAGGAUAGCACCAGUGAUUUUUAUUUCUGAACAAUCUUUACCAUGUAUUAGUGUUUUUCCUAAGGAACAAAUCUAAAUCAUUUCCUGACAGUCUAACUAGUGGACUAACAUUCGCUCCUCCCCCAAAACCAUCCAACAUAUUCACUUAUUCUUAACUAGUGUUAUUCCCUGUAAGUUAAAAAAAAAAUUAGAGUUCUCAUCAUGAAAUUUUGCAAAAUAAUCAGAGAUUUGAGUUUUUAUCAAACUUUUUAUCUAUAUCCUUACAUGUUUACUAAACUCACUUUUAUUAAUUUUUUUUAGGUUUCUCAAUAUAUUGCAAAUUAAAUGUCCAUCCCAACAUAUAAAUUACACUUGAUUAGUGACAUGCAAUUACCUCUUCAGAUGUAAAGAAAUUAUUUAGACCAUAAUUUUGUCCAAACACUUUACAAAAUUUACAGGAACCCCCUUUCUACAAUGAUCGUUUCCGUUUAUUUUUUAAUAUUGCUGGGGCUUUCUAACUUCUCAUCAACUUAUUGUUUAACUUAUUCUUUAACAUGUAUUCCUUUGUGUCUGUUUGCUGUAUACAACAGCUUUGAAAUAUAAUUGGGAAUAGAUACAAAGCCAGUGAACCGCUGUUUUAUUGUUAAUGUGAAUCAACAGUAUGAGGUUGGUUACUGGUUUGCUAUUGAGGCUUGGUGGUGCUUGGGAAGCAAAAAACAAAAAGGUUAUGGUGGGGAAAAAAAAAAAAAUCACAAUUCUUUCCCCAUUAUAACCUUUUUGGUUUUUACUUCCCAAGCACCACCAAGCCUCCAUAGCAAUAAUUAAUAAAAAUCAAUCAAUAAAAAAUUAAUAAAAGUGAGUUUAGUGGUUAACAUUGUUUGUUAACCCCUUAGUGACCAAACCACUUUUAAAUUUUCUUACCGUUUGGGACCAGUGCUGUUUUUACAUUUCUGCGGCGUUUGUGUUUAGCUGUAAUAUUCCUCUUACUCAUUUACUGUAUCCACACAUAUUAUAUACUGUUUUCCUCGCCAUUAAAUGGUCUUUCUAAAGAUAUCAUUAUUUUCAUCAUAUCAUAAUUUACUAUAAAAUUUUUUUAUAAAAUAUGAUGAAAAACAUUUAAAAAAUAAAACACUUUUUCUAACUUUGACCCCAAAAUCUGUUACGCAUCUACAACCGCCAAAAAACACCCAUGCUAAAUAAUUUCUAAAUUUUGUCCUGAGUUUAAAAAUGCUCAAUGUUAACAUGUUCUUAACUUUUUUUUGAAAGGUUAUAGGGCUAUAAAUACAAGUAGCACUUUGCUUGAAGUUAUACCAAGUAGAUAAGGAAUUCCAGGAUACUUUACAAUGCAGCUAGUUAUAGGUAAAUACCUUUUAGGAUAAAGCAAUCCAGGAUCAUGCAGAGUUGCAGAGGUUGAAACAGGUAGGUAUAUUCCAAAAUAAUAUAAUGCAGGUUGCUCACGAGAUCAUGCAGUGAUUCAGCAAGUGAAGCAGUUAAGAUUCUUCAAUGAAGGCAAUAUGCCAUAAAUCAGGAUUCUUGGAAGCUGAUAAGGAAAGUCUUUCGGUAAGAUGAAAUUCAGGAUGAAGUAUAUUCUCUGAUAAAGAAUCUCUGUUCCUGGUAAUAUCCUGUAUUUUAUCUACAUUAUUUCAUUCUGUAGAGAACUUACCUGCAGUGCCUCAUCCUGUACUCAUCUUCAUUUCCUCAUACUGAAAGGCACUAACCUGCAUUACUUUAUCCUGAACUUUUAGAGCGGUCACAUGGCCCCUAGGGGUCCUAAAUUGGAGAAGGGGGACUCUCUGGGCUCAGUCCAGAGAGUACCCCCAAAGAAGAAGUCCGAUCGCCGGCGGGGGAACGCGGCGAUCGGUAAGUACAUGGGGAAGGGGGAGGGAGGGUAUGGGUUAAUUUUUUUAAAUUAAAUGUAUUUAAUUUUUAUGUAAUUUCUUUAUUUAACUAUUACUGAGUGCCUCGACCCCUCAAGGCACUCAGUAAAGGUAAGAGCAUCUUAAGCCUGCGGAUGGCUUCAGAUGCUCUUCCCUACACUGCCAGGCGCCACGUGUAGCAAACUCGGAAGUGAUCGCUCGGGGGGGAGGCGAUCACUCGGGUCCCCAGCAGUGUGGGGGGGUAAUUACACAAAGCCUCGAUAUCGAGGCAUCGUGUAACACCAUCAGAGCAGCUGGAAGCGAUCACGAUCGCUUCCAGUGCUCAAAAUAGCCUUGGACAUACCAGGUACAUCCGAGGUCCUUAAGGGACGUUUUUUGUCGGACGUACCUGGUACGUCCGUGGUCCUUAAACUAAUUUUCUAAUGCCCACUUAGAAUCCUUUGCAGUAGUAACAUCACCAUAUUGUAUUAACUAGCCUUAUAAUUAUAAGUAAUAUAUGAAUAUAAAUAAAUGUAACUAUUUUAAAAAAUACAUUUAGUGAACAUUUCAAUUAGCAUUUACAUAAGUAAAAGUAAUUCUAGCAAAUCUACUUUCACAUGGGUUUUGACGACCCUUCCACGUUCUUUCAUUUAGGUGGAAAUCAUGCCUGGAAUUCGAUCAGACAAUGAAGUCUUUGAAAAUGUUACUAAGAUUAAUAAAAGUGGUAAUUUGCAGGAGUCAUCAGAUCCCAUAAAAAAUAUAUACAACAUGACUCCAAAGCAUCUCAUCAAGUUCUACAAAGGAAAACCCAAAGCUCUUGGUGUAAGUAUGUAAACUAAAACAAUAAUGGAUUACUAAAAUGUUCUGCUUUGUUACUGCCAAUUUCUUAAGGGGAUGACAGUGAGCAAAGAGGUUGUGAAAGCAACCAGUGUAUCAGCAUCAGUGCUCUUAUACUUGUUGUGUAUAAUACAUGAAUACAAUAAUACCACAUCCAUGGUAACCCAUUUAUAGACAAGUUUAAGAUUUAGCUUGUGUUAUUGUUUCUGUUUUUGUUAGUUAGUUUUUUGUUUUUGAGAAUAUAAUGUAUGUAUUUCAACAAUGCCUUUAAUUCAAUCACUGGUGGAUGUAGAUAUCUAUUACAUACAAAAGAUAGCAAUUCUUUUUCACUGACAGGGCAUGGACUUUGAUCUUGGGUGUUCACUAUCAGACAAGGAAUAUUCUAAAAUGUCCUUACUUAGGUCAUAGGAUCUCUACUCACACUUCAUUUCAGAAGAUGAAUUAGAAAUUAAUGGUACUUUGACACAGAACUACAAUUUUAUCUUUCCCCUUUAUCCCAAAGAAUGCUGGAAGUGUCAAUCCUAAAAUGCAUGAGUUAAAUAGCACAGUCAUCUAAAGUAACCUCUACUAACCAUUCUACUCCAUCGAAUCUUACACAAUCCUUUGAACUGUUGUUGGACAUUUGUGUGACAAUUUUUUAACACUGCUCACUUCCCCCACUCUGCAAUACUGGAUCAACAGAGUGAAAUGAGCUAGUUAUGGAGGAGCUAAUUGCCUCCUCUUAUACUAACCUGCAGAGAGUUCUGUUCUAGGCCUCUGGCAUCAGUGAGUUACUGUCACUCAUCAUGUGAUGCCAUACUUCAAGUAUUAUUUCUCCCUGUCAUUGUCUUUGUCUAUAGCCUGGUUAUUGCAUGGUUAGCUUGAUAGACUCAAAUACAGUGAACAAAAUUAUAAACGCAACACUUUUGUUUUUGCCCCCAUUUUAUUAUGAGCUGAACUCAAAGAUCUAGGACUUUUUUUAUGUAAACAAAAGACCUAUUUCUCUCAAAUAUUGUUCUCAAAUCUGUCAAAAUCUGUGUUAGUGAGCACUUCUCCUUUGCGGAGAUAAUCCAUCCACCUCACAGGUUUGGCAUUUCAAGAAGCUGAUUAGACAGCAUGAUUAUUGCAAAGGUGUGCCUUAGGCUAUCCACAAUAAAUGGCCACUCUAAAAUGUGCAGUUAUACUGUAUUGGAGGGUUCCAGGGGUUGGGGGGGGUCUGAAAACCAGUCAGUAUCUGGUGUGACCACCAUUUGCCUCACGCAGUGCAACAAACCUCCUUCGCAUAGAGUUGGUCAGGUUGUUGAUUGUGGCCUGUGUAAUGUUGGUCCACUCCUCUUCAAUGGCUGUACAAAGUUGCUGGACAUUGGCAGGACCUGGAACAUACUGUUGUAUACACCGAUGCAGAACAUUCCAAACAUGUUCAAUGGGUGACAUGUCCGGGGAGUAUGCUGGCCAUGCAAGAACUAGGAUGUUUUCAGCUUCCAGGAAUUGUGUACAGAUCCUUGUAACAUUAUAAUGCUGCAACAUGAGAUGAUGGUCAUGGAUGAAUGGCACAACAAUGGGCCUCAGGAUCUCGUCACACUCUCUCUGUGCAUUCAAAAUGCCAUCAAUAAAAUGCACAUGUGUUAGUUAUCCAUAACAUAUGCCUGCCAAUACCAUAACCCCACCAUGGGCCACUCAAUCCAUAAGUUGACAUCAGCAAACCGUUCACCCACACAACGCCAUACAUGCUGUCUGCCAUCUGCCCUGUACAAUGAAAACCAAGAUUCAUCCGUGCAGAGAAAACCUCUCCAAAGUGCCAGGGACCAUCGAAUGUGAGCAUUUGCCCACUCAAGUCACUACGACGACAAACUCAGGUUGAGACCCAGAUGAGAACGAGGAGCAUGCAGAUGAGAUGGUUUCUGACAGUUUGUGCAGAAAUUCUUUGGUUAUACAAAUACAUUGUUGCAGCAGCUGUCCGGGUGACUGAUCUCAGAUGAUCUUGGAGGUGAAACAUAGAAACAUAGACUGUAACAGCAGAUAAGAACCAUUCGGCCCAUCUAGUCUGCCCAAUUUUCUAAAUACUUUUAUUAGUAACUGGUCUUAUCUUAUAGUUAGGAUAGCCUUAUGCUUAAACUCCUUUACUGUGUUAACCUCUACCACUUCAGCUGGAAGGCUAUUCCAUGCAUCCACUACCCUCUCAGUAAAGUAAUACUUCCUGAUAUUAUUUUUAAACCUUUGCCCCUCUAAUUUAAGACUAUGUCCUCUUGUUGUGGUAGUUUUUCUUCUUUUAAAUAUGGUCUCCUCCUUUAUUGUGUUGAUUCCCUUUAUGUAUUUAAAUGUUUCUAUCAUAUCCCCCCUGUCUCGUCUUUCCUCCAAGCUAUACAUGUUAAGAUCCUUUAGCCUUUACUGGUAAGUUUUAUCCUGCAAUCCAUGAACCAGUUUAGUAGCCCUUCUCUGAACUCUCUGUACAGUAUCAAUAUACUUCUGGAGAUACGGUCUGCGUACAAUACUCCAAGUGAGGUCUCACCGGUGUUCUGUACAAUGGCAUGAGCACUUCCCUCUUUUAUACCUCUCCCUAUAAAACAAAGCAUUCUGCUAGCAUUUCCUGCUGCUCUAUUACAUUAUCUGUUGGGUAAUCAGAAAUAAUUACCCCUAAAUACCUUUCCUCAGAUGUUGAGGUUAGGACUCUAUCAAAUAUUCGUAACUCUGCCCUUGGGUUUUUACGUCCAAGAUGCAUUCUCUUGCACUUAUCCACAUUAAAUGUCAGUUUACCCAACUCUGACCAUUCUUCUAGUUUACCUAAAUCAUUUGCCAUUUGGCUUAUCCCUCCUGGAACAUCAACCCUGUUACAUAUCUUAGUAUCAUCAGCAAAAAGACAUACCUUACCAUCAAGACCUUCUGCAAUAUCACUAAUAAAAUAUUAAAGAGAAUGGGUCCAAGUACAGAUCCCUGAGGUACCCCACUGGUGACAAGUCCAAGCUUCGAAUAUAUUCCAUUAACUACAACCCUCUGUUGCCUGUCACUCAGCCACUGCCUUACCCAUUCAACAAUAUUGGAAUCCAAACUUAAAGAUUGCGGUUUAUUGAUAAGCCUUCUAUGUGCAACAGUGUCAAAAGCCUUACUGAAAUCUAGGUAAGCAAUGUCUACUGCGCCACCCUGAUCUAUAAUUUUAGUUACCCAAUCAAAAAAAUCAAUAAGAUUAGUUUGGCAUGAUCUCCCUGAAGUAAACCCAUGUUGUCUCUGAUCUUGAAAUCCAUGUGUUUUUAGAUGUUCAACAAUCCUAUCAUUUAACAUGGUUUCCAUCACUUUCCCCACUACUGAAGUAAGGCUUACUGGCCUAUAGUUGCCUGACUCCUCCCUAUUACAUUUCUUGUAAAUGGGCACAACAUUCGCUAACUUCCAAUCUUCUGGGACUACUCCUGUUAACAAUGAUUGAUUAAAUAAAUCUGUUAAUGGUUUUGCUAGUACACCACCAAGCUCUUUUUAUAACUUUGGGUGUAUUCCAUCAGGUCCUAUUGACUCAUUUGUCUUUACUUUUGACAGUUGAAAUAGAACCUGCUGGAUGCGGAAGAUGCUGGAUGUGGAGUUCCUGGGCUUGUGUGGUUUCACGUGGUCUGCGGUUGGAUGUACUGCCAAAUUCUCUGAAAUGCCUUUGGAGACGGCUUAUGGUAGAGAAAUGAACAUUCAAUUCAUGGGCAACAGCUCUGGUGAACAUUCCUGCAGUCAGCAUACCAAUUGCACGCUCCCUUUAAACUUGUGACAUCUGUGGCAUUGUGCUGUUUAAUAAAACUGCACAUUUUAGAGUUGCCUUUUGUUGUGGCCAACCUAAGACACACCUGUGCAAUAAUCAUGCUGUCUAAUCAGCAUCUUGAUAUGCCACACCUGUGAGAUGGAUGGAUUACCUCGGCAAACGAGAAGUGCUAACUAACACAGUUUUAGACAGAUUUGUGAACAAUAUUUGAGAGAAAUAGGUAUUUUGUGUGCAUAGAAAAAAUCUUAGAUCUUUGAGUUCAGCUCAUGAAAAAUGGGGGCAAAAACAAAAGUGUUGUGUUUAUAAUUUUGUUCAGUGUGUAUAUAUAUAUAUAUAUAUAUAUAUAUAUUUAAAAAUAUCAAAGUAUUAAAAUAUUUUUCAACAUAUUAAAUCAUUUUAAAUAUUAAUCAAAAAGAUUAAAUAAUUGUUUAAUUCAGAAAUGAUAGCGAAAACCUUUUAAAUUAAUCAUUAACAGAAGUCACCAAUGAAUUUUAAGGACAUUUUUGUUGCAAAUAUUUUUUUUAUAGGAGUCCGGAGUCAUUUCUCUUUCAAAUGAAUUAAAUCAAGGCUUGGAUUAAAUAUUUUUGGAUAUUCAUUUCAAAUUAUUCAGAUCGGUUAUAAAAAAACUUUUCAAAUUAAUCCACAAAAAUUCCCAUAUACUUUAAUGGUGACUUCUGUACUUUAAUCAUUUGGAGAGUUUAUCUAAUACGUUUUAAUCAUUUGAAAGGCUUAUAAAAACCAUAUUCAAUUGAGGUAUUUCUAAUCAACGUUAUUCACUAAAGUGAAAACUGUCGGGAAUUCAAAAUUACUUCAAAGUAAAUUUCAAAGUUAAAGCCAAAUUACCUACUUGGGACUUAUAUGUGUAUUUUUCCAACAUUUCACUGAAUUAGCAAAUGUCCUUUAGAAACAUAACAUUAUUAAUUAUGCUGUUAUCUCCUUUUAAAUGCACGUUGUGAAUAUAUAUUUUAUUUUAUUUUGCAUACAGGUGACGCAGAUAUUAUUAGGAGCAUUACACAUUAUUUUUGGUCUUGUUUUUAGGAUUCAUUUUCCUUAUACACGACCAUACAAUUCCAUUAUGUUUUUCACCGGUUUACCUUUCUGGUCUGGCGUAAUGGUAAGAAAAUUAAUUUCUAUUUCUGAUUCUAACUUUUAAUUGCUACAAAUCUGAAAGUGAUACAUUGGAUAUGCACUUCUGCCAUUUCUCACAUAUUUUUAAAGCAUAUUUAUAAUGAUGUUUCUUUUUUAUCUUUAGUUUGUUUCUCUAUAAGGGUAUUAAUGUUUUGGCUGAUUAAAUUACAGUAACAUUUCAGAUUCCUGGAUAUCUUCUAAACCAGGCUUCCCCAAACUCCAGCCCUCCAGAUGUUGCUGAACUACAACUCCCAUGAUUCUUUGAAUGAAAUAGAUAAGCUGGGAAUCAUGGGACUUGUAGUUCAGCAACAUCUGGAGGGCCGGAGUUUGGGGAAGCCUGUUCUAAACCUAUUCUCAAUACAAAAGAGCAAUACUGAAGAAUUAUGAGAUAUAUACAUUUUGUAAAAUCAGCUGCUGAUAUUAUCAAAUGAUAAUCCUACAAAUACUAUUAAUAGCAAAUCAUACAACAAGACCAGUGCUACAGAUAUUUUCACAUAUCUCCAAUGCUACUGAUUUAUAAAACCAAUAGCAAUAAAAUAUUACUCUGCUGAAACAAAAUAAUUAACAAAUGUAGCAUCUUAACCAACAAUUUACCACAGUUUCUCAGUAAUUCUUAUAUCACCUAUUUCAGUUCGAAUGAGAAUUAUUGAGAGACUGUGUUAAAGUGUGGGUUAAAUUGCUACAUUGUUUAUUUUAGUUUUAGCUAAUUAGUUUUGGCUAAUUCUCUAUACAUCCCUACACAAAGCAUAUAAUGCACAUAAAUAAACCAAUAUAUUGUCCGUUAGUAAGUACAUAUAGCAUUUCUAUACACAUAAUGGAAUAUGACAAACAUUAAAAAAGGAACAGAGUUAAAAAUAUAAAAUGUGUGUUGGCAUUUCAGAUCUCUUUACAUCCACUCCUGUGAUGAAGCAUUUUUUACUAAAUGGACCAGAUGUCAUCAGCAUCGCAGAAAUCCAUUGUAGGGAGACUUUUGAAUUUGGCUAGAUCAGUAAAACAAGAAGUGACUUCAUUGUCUUUUAUUUCAGUAAUGGGUUCAUGUGGUGGUGGAUCUUUGACCCCAUGAGAACUUGAUCUCUUAUAACCUUAAAAUUAAGAAAAGCACAUGAAGGAAAUUCAUGAGUACAUAUAUGAUUGUAUAUGGUUUCCAAGGGAUUGUACUCAUACAUUCCUUUGGUUUUAUGACCCUGUGCACCAAAUAAAGACUUCAACAUCUUUUUUUUAUUUACCUGUAUUUUUUCUUUUUCUUAUAAAACACACAUCAAUAUCUACAAAAAGAAAAAAAACACUAAAAUAGCGUAAUACAGUCCCAGGAUAAAAUUCUGUAUUGCACUCACAAACAUAAAUUGAUAGUAGGCCUUAAGCUCCUCGAAUUCAGGACUCUCUUUUUUUCGUUGUUCUCACAUCCAAACCAUAUACACAUGGGGAGAAAGGAAAAAAGGUGUAGAUUUCCAUAUAUUAAAAAUAACUAAAAAUUUAUAAAACAAUAUGUGCAUAGCACCAUAUCCACUGGAUCUCCACUCAACAAGAUUCCCAGGGGGUUAAAGAAGCGAACAGUAAAAACAAUUAAAGUCAAAAUAUCAAAAUAGCCCUACGUGUUUCGUCCAAUUGCAUGGACCUCCUCAGGGGCAGUCAAUGAAUCAAUAUACAGUCAUCAAGAAAUACAGAUCUCUACAAUAUAAACCCACAGUUUAAAUAGCCAGGUACAACCCUCCCUCUGGGCGCCAUCAGCCAAUCCUAGAGCGAGGUCCGUUUCCCAACAGCUGUUCUUCAUUAUGCUGUCCAAGCCUCAAUUUCAUUGUUCCUUCCGUGACGCUUUCGUUCCGCAAAUUCAUCCUUCUGCUUCCUUAAUUUGCUGUCCUUGAUGCUUGCGUUCCACAUGUGCAUUUCAUUUAUACAUUUGGUUCGGUAAUUCAGGACUUCUGCAAUUCCUUAACCCUACCCCUAACCACCACAACUACUUACACAUCUUUGGUUAGGGGUAGGGUUAGAUUCCUGUCAUUAUUCACGUAAUAUUCCCUCCCUCUCUUGUUUUGCCACUUUUCAGAAAUCUGAAGCACACCGGCACUUAUUUGGCGCUUUGGAAAUUUCAUACAAAUUUACAUUUGGAACAAAACGAAUUGCACAUGUCUAAAGACAAUAUAUAUGAAUCAAUUCAAGACAGAAGACAGACCCUUAUGUUGUAUUAAAUUAAUAAAAAAAAAACUCUUAAAAACUAAACAUCAGAAAGAGUGGGGAUGGUAAAAAAAAAAAAAAAGUUUCAGAGCUCUUGGAUCCAGAAUCCAAAAGGUCUAAAAUUAUCAAAAUGAAAAUUAAUUGAAAAAUAAUUAAAAUAAAAUAAAUCUGAUAAAUAAGAAGAAUAUAAAAAAAAGCAUAUACAAAUAAUAGAAUAAAAACAAUGACUUUAUUAUUAACAUAUUGUUUUUGUUUUAUUAUUGUAACGAGAAUAUACCCCUACACGCAGGAUCCAGCUAAACAGAGGCAAAUACAGAGGAGAGAUACGUCUACCGGACCUUAGAAUGGCCGGACUUGACGUAUAUGAGAGAAGACAGAGCCAGGAACAAAACCGAGGUCAAGGGCACAGAGAGACAGCGAAAACUAGGACAAGCCGGGGUCUGGUACACGGAAAACAGCAAGCCGGCAAACAGUACAGAUAAGGAUAAAGCGAAAACGAAGUCAGAAUACGAAGCCAAAGUCAAUACGAGAAAACACAACUGAACACCACAAGCGCUAAAGGGAACUGAAACAGAAACCACGAUAGGGCAAGGAACAAAGGGAAGAAGGUGAGUAUAAAUACCUAAACAUCUAAUUUGAUUGGUCCCUGUCAUAUCCACGCCCCCAAAAGGUAAGUGUAUGGGGAGUGUGGCAUGACAGGGACCAAUGGGAUGCCUUUUCCAAUUUAGGCACCCACUGUCCCUUUAAGAGCGCGCCCGAGACUCGCGGCGCGCUCUUAGAUUCAGGCGGGACACGUGACCGCCUCACGCGGUCACUGCCCGCCCUCCAUCCGAAGUAGUUGGAUGAGCCGCGCGCGGCUCGUGCAGCCGCAGGACCGCGCGCGGCUUGAAGAGAGGACCGCGACCGGCCCCCGGUUAAGGUAAGUAACGCUACAGUACCCCCCCCUGAGGACACGCCCCCCGGGCGGGUAGGACCAGGCCUGGCAGGAAAACGUGAAUGGAAAGAGCGCACAAGACGGGGAGCAUGGACAGCAUCGGCCGAAAUCCAACUGUGCUCCUCAGGCCCAUAACCCUUCCAAUGUACCAAGUACUGAAGUCGACCCCUAAGGAAACGAGAGUCAAGAACAGCAGACACUUCAAACUCCUCAUGACCCUCCACCGAGAUAGGAGGGGGAGGAGGAGUAUGCCGGGUAUAGCGGUUGCGUACGAAAGGUUUCAACAAUGAGGUGUGAAAAACAUUAGGAAUACGUAGAUUCUUAGGCAGGCCUAAGGCAUAAGAAACAGGAUUAACCUUAUGUAUAAUACGAUAAGGUCCAAUGAAGCGGGGAGCCAAUUUCAUAGAAGGCACCCGGAGACGAAUAUUCCGCGUGGAAAGCAAAACCCUGUCCCCCACAACAUAGGACGGAGCUGCUCUGCGAUGCUUGUCAGCCUGAGCCUUCUGGCGAGUAGCAGAGUCCACCAAAGAACGCUGAACCUGCUCCCAAGUAUUACGCAAACCAGCCAAAUGCUCAUCCAGAACUGGCAUGCCCUGUGAGGAGAAUGCAGCCGGAAGAACAACGGGAUGCUGGCCAUAGACAACGUAAAAAGGGGUCUUGCCGGAAGAAUCAUGAGUGGCGUUAUUCCGAGCAAAUUCAGCCCAAGGAAGCAGGUCAGACCAAUUGUCCUGAUGGUGAGACACAAAACAACGGAGGUAUUGCUCCAGAGACUGGUUGGCACGUUCAGCAGCCCCAUUAGACUGGGGAUGAUAAGCGGAAGAAAAUGAGAGAGAAAUACCCAUUUCUGAACAAAAGGCCCUCCAGAACCUGGAAAUAAAUUGGCUACCCCUAUCGGAUACAAUAGAUACGGGAAUCCCAUGUAAUCUAAAUACUUCUCUAGCGAAGAUAUGAGCCAGUUCCUUAGAUGUGGGCAACUUGUGAAGAGACACGAAGUGAGCCAUUUUGGAGAACCGAUCCACUAUCAUCAGGAUUACUGUGUUACCAUUUGAAGGGGGUAAUUCAACAAUAAAAUCCAUGGACAGGUUAGACCAAGGUCUCUCGGGAACGGGUAACGGAUGCAACAGCCCACAAGGAACUCUACGGGAGGAUUUCAUACAGGCACAAGUAGUACAAGCACUUAUAUAGUCGGUGGCAUCUUUUCGUAAGGAAUCCCACCAAAAAUACCGAGAAACAGCUGACACCGUUUUGGAAAUACCAGGAUGUCCAGCGGUCUUAGUAUCAUGAUAUAAUGACAUGAUAUCCCGUCUCUCAGGAACAUCAACGAACAGUUUAUCAUUAGGCCUCUCGCUAGGUGCCAUGCUUUGUUUCGCUUGUAUGGUCUGCAAGAGGGACGAGGAAAUAGACAAAAUAGUAGUAGCUAUUAUCCUGUCUGGGGGAAUGACAGGAGUAACAUCAAUCUCCUGUUUGUCAGUAGUUUCGAACUGUCUGGACAGAGCGUCUGCUUUAGUGUUGCGAUCACCUGGCCUAUAGGUGAUAAUAAAAUUGAAACGAGACAAAAAUAGUGACCACCUAGCCUGCCUGGAAGACAAUCUUUUGGCUUCGCUAAGAUAGGAUAGGUUCUUGUGAUCCGUAAAAAUGAGGAUAGGAUCCUUAGUUCCCUCUAACAAAUGUCUCCACUCUUUAAGUGCUAAAAUAAUAGCAAGGAGUUCACGAUUACCCACAUCAUAAUUCUUCUCUGCUUUGGACAUUUGUUUAGAAAAGAAGCCGCAUGGAUGCAAUGGCUUCUCAGGCGACUCUCUUUGGGACAAGACAGCACCUACCCCAAUAUCCGAAGCAUCAACUUCAAGUAUAUAGGGCAGUGAGGGGACAGGAUGCUGUAAAAUAGGUGCAGAGGCGAACGUAGUUUUAAGAAAUUCAAAAGCCUGAAGUGCCUCGGUAGACCAAACACGAGUAUUGCCAUCCUUUUUAGUCAUACGAGUGAUAGGUGCUACAAUGGACGAGAAACCUUUGAUAAAACGUCUAUAAUAAUUGGAGAACCCAAGAAAACGCUGAAUAGCUUUCAGACCUUGCGGUAGAGGCCAUUCUAUUACAGCAGCAAGCUUCUGGGGAUCCAUACGAAAACCUUUAGCGGAAAUCAAAUACCCCAAGAACUGGACUUCGGUUUGGUCAAACAGACAUUUUUCUAGCUUGCAAUAAAGACCAUUAGCAAGAAGGGUCUUCAAAACUGUCGUAACAUGUCUGUGAUGAGUGUGUAUAUCUGCAGAAUAUAUUAAAAUGUCGUCCAAGUAUACGAUAACAAAUGUGUGAAUAAAAUCUCUCAAUACAUCAUUAAUAAAUUCUUGGAAUACUGCUGGGGCAUUGCAAAGCCCAAAUGGCAUAACAGUGUAUUCGUAAUGACCGGAUCUAGUGUUGAAUGCAGUCUUCCAUUCGUGAUUUUCCUUUAUACGUAUCAAAUUGUAUGCAUUCCUAAGGUCUAAUUUAGUGAACACAGUGGCAUGUUUCAGCCUGUCAAAUAAUUCUGUAAUCAAAGGUAUAGGGUAUGCAUUUUUGAUAGUGAUUUUGUUUAGACCUCUAUAAUCUAUACACGGUCUUAAAUCACCUUCUUUCUUCGAUACAAAGAAGAACCCUGCUCCAGCUGGAGAAGAGGAUCUCCUAAUAAACCCUUUUUCUAAUGAUUCCUUGAUGUACUCCUCCAUAACACGGUUUUCUUGAACCGAUAAGGGGUACACCCUGCCCUUUGGAGGUAUAGUGCCAGGCAACAAGUCAAUAGCGCAAUCAUAGGGUCUGUGAGGCGGUAAUUUCUCAGCCUCCCUUUUAUCGAAAACAGUCUUUAGAGAUAAAUACUGAGGGGGUAUAACCAUAGACAAAGGAGGACUGGUAGGUACCUCAAUAGAAUUCAAAGGUGUGACUUCCAACGUACAAGACUCGUGGCAGGCCUUACUCCAUGAUUUUAUUUGCCCUGUCUCCCAGUCAAAAAUGGGAUUGUGAGCACGUAACCAUGGAUACCCUAAUACUAACUGUGAAGAGGGAGAGGUGAUAACCUGGAAUCGAAUGGUUUCGUAGUGUAAAACCCCUGUGUACAUGUGUAGUGGUUCAGUCUCAUGAGUAACAACUGGAGAACUUAAUGGUCUACCAUCUAUGGCCUCAACGGCCAAGGGUAUCUCCUUCUCUCUGAUGGGAAUGUUGUUUCUCUUUAUAAAGCCAGAGUCUAUAAAAUUUUCAGCCGCCCCAGAGUCAACCAGAGCAUAUAUGUUGUCAACUAUACAAAUCUCUCCCAUAUAUAAAGAAACCGGGAGAAGCAAGCGGUUAGGAGGCAAUUUAGGAGACUUAGAUAUCACACCCAAGGCCAGUCCCCUAUAAGGUCUUAGGUGCGAGAGUUUUCCGGGAGUAAAGGACAUUCCUUUACCAUAUGGUCUCUCCUACCACAGUAUAGGCAGAGUCCCUCCCUUCUCCUAUGUAAUUUCUCAGUAUCAGAGAGUUUGGCAACCCCUAAUUGCAUAGGUUCCUCCUCAGACACUUUAACACUCUCUGGUAUAUUAACUCUGGGGUUAAUGGGUGUAACAAAACGUCUAUUCCUGUUCUUGGUAUAGAGCCUGUCACGAAUUCUAUUAUCAAUAUCAAUGAGGUAAUCGAUAAGGUCCUCUAAGGCAAUAGGAAGCUCCUUAGCUGCUACCUCAUCCAAUAUCGUAUCUGACAAACCUUCCAUAAAGGCAGUAGUUAACCCAUUGUUGGUCCAAUCUACCUGCGAAGCAAGAGUGCGAAACUGAAUAGCAUAAUCAGCCACAGACCUAGAACCCUGUUUAAUUCUCAUUAAUGCUCUCGCGGCAUUCUUUGACCUUUUCAUUGUGUCAAAAGUUCUACGAAAAGCCGUAAGAAAACUGUUGAAAUCAUGUACCAUAGGUCCAUUAGCUUCCCAAAUAGGAUUUGCCCACUCAAGUGCCUUAUCGGUAAGUUGGUGCAUAAAGAACCCAACCUUAGACCUCUCUGUGGGAAAUGAACGUGGAUACAUUUCAAAGUGAAAUUCAAUCUGAUUAAUAAACCCUCUGCAAGUCUUAGAGUCCCCUCCAUACCUAGGAGGAGGUGUUAAAUGGGCCGAAGUAUUAGGCAAAGUAGAUACUUCAGGGAGAAGGGGCGUAGGAGGGUUAGGUGUAGUUGCUGGAACGGUUCUAGCUAGGAGCGUCUGGAGAGCCUGAGCUAUUUGAUCCAUACGGUGAUCCUGCUCUACAAAUCUUGCCUCAUGGGACGCCAUCUGUUGAGCUAAAUCUGCGGGGUCCAUGGCCCUAUCGUAAUGUAACGAGAAUAUACCCCUACACGCAGGAUCCAGCUAAACAGAGGCAAAUACAGAGGAGAGAUACGUCUACCGGACCUUAGAAUGGCCGGACUUGACGUAUAUGAGAGAAGACAGAGCCAGGAACAAACCGAGGUCAAGGGCACAGAGAGACAGCGAAAACUAGGACAAGCCGGGGUCUGGUACACGGAAAACAGCAAGCCGGCAAACAGUACAGAUAAGGAUAAAGCGAAAACGAAGUCAGAAUACGAAGCCAAAGUCAAUACGAGAAAACACAACUGAACACUACAAGCGCUAAAGGGAACUGAAACAGAAACCACGAUAGGGCAAGGAACAAAGGGAAGAAGGUGAGUAUAAAUACCUAAACAUCUAAUUUGAUUGGUCCCUGUCAUAUCCACGCCCCCAAAAGGUAAGUGUAUGGGGAGUGUGGCAUGACAGGGACCAAUGGGAUGCCUUUUCCAAUUUAGGCACCCACUGUCCCUUUAAGAGCGCGCCCGAGACUCGCGGCGCGCUCUUAGAUUCAGGCGGGACACGUGACCGCCUCACGCGGUCACUGCCCGCCCUCCAUCCGAAGUAGUUGGAUGAGCCGCGCGCGGCUCGUGCAGCCGCAGGACCGCGCGCGGCUUGAAGAGAGGACCGCGACCGGCCCCCGGUUAAGGUAAGUAACGCUACAAUUAUUUGUAUAUGUUUCUUUUUUAUAUUCUUCUUAUUUAUCGGAUUUUUUUUUAUUAUUAUUAUUAUUCAAUUAAUUGAUCUGGAUCCAAGAGCUCUGAAACUUUUCUCACCAUCCCCACUCUUUCUGAUGUUUAGUUUUUAAGGGUUUUAUUUAUUUUAUAAUAAAACAUAAGGUUCUGUUUUUUAUCUCUAAUUGAUACAUACCGGUAUAUGUUAUCUUAUUGCUUGUUUCUGGAGAUCCAGUGGAUAUAGUGAUAUGCACAUAUUGUUUUAUAUCUUGUAAGUGAGACCAAUAAUUGUAGUGUCACCUCUAUGAGGUUUUCCUUUUUCCUCUCUCCUCAUAUGUAUAUGGUUUGGAUGUAAUAACGACAAAAAAGGAAAAAAAGAGUCCUGAAUUUGAGAAACUUAAGGCCUACUAUCAAUUUAUGUUUGUGAGUGCAAUACGGAAUUUUAUCCUGGGAUUAACACCUAACUGUAUUACGUUAUUUUAGUGUUUUCUUUUUGUAGAUAUUGAUAUGUGUUUUAUGUGUUAUGAAGAUUUGGAGGAAUCUUUGAUGUAUUUAAAUUUUUGAGAGAAAAUGGUAAUUGUUAUCAGUUUUUAUUACCCCUCUUUUGUUGUGUUCUUUCACUGGUGACUGUUGGUUGGUCAAAAGUGUGUUUUAAACUUUUUAUUUUUUCUUGUAUGCGAUCUAUACUCUGUGUAGUUAUAUGUGAAAUCUAUGCUGUGUUAUACUUCCCUACUGCUCCUUGUUUCCUCAAUUCUCCCCUCACCCCUCACUUUUCUUUUUGGUUGACACAUUGAUAUGCUACACCUUCCAUUGAAUGAAUGCCUUAGCUUAUAGUUUUAAUUGCCAUCCCAUCUUGUACUAGACUUGUUUUAAAAUUGCUAAAACAUGAGAACUGGUUUAAUUUCUGUAUGUUUUUAAUUUUAAAAGAAUUGCCUUUAUAUUUUCCUAUUCCAAAAAUGCAUACAUAAACUGAGACGGGUUUAAUUAGAUAUUGCAGUGACCAUGCACGUAUAGCUUUUGAGUUUACAAUAUUUAGCUUUUAAAUUAUUGAUCAUUAAUACAAAGUUAGUUAUUUUUAAUCAUCAAAAUACCAGUCUGAUUUUUUUGGAAAACACUUUCUCUCUACCGGUACAUCGGUCUCUUUAUUAAUAACAGUUCUAGCCAUAAAAAAAAAAAACUCUCUAAAAAAAAAACAGAAAAACACAAGUACAUCUUGUGAGCAAAUUUCAAAAAUGAUCAAGGAUCACCAUAAAAUUGCUAUUUCGGCUUCUUGAAUGAUUUUUAUUUAAAACCUCUAAGUAAAAGAAAAAAAAAUGAUUAAAAAAAAGAAAUUCUCAAACUUAACUAAGGGAGGCUGAUUGGAUAUCAUAGGGCAAUAUGUGAGGAGACAUUCAUUAUGUAAAUUUGUUUUUGUUUUUUCUUAUCUAUCUAGACACACAGGUGAAAUCAGGUACUUCGUGCAUUGACUGUAGAACAGUUCAGAUUUUGGCAUUGCAGGUGCUGUACCUGGCGGAAAAAGCUUAGCUUUUCCUCCAUCCUUGCUUACAUAAGAAAUAUUGAGCUAAAUUAGAUAUAUAUAUAUCCAAGAACAUACAUGAAAAGGAUAGAACAUUUAAUUUUCUCUUUUUUGGUUAAAAACAUAAAUAAUUGUUGUAUGUAAUUAAGGAACAGAUUGUACGGACAUUCACAAACUUUUCCAUCUGGUUUGUUUCUAAAUCACAAGUUAAUGUCGGAUUUUAUAUUUACAGUAUAUUAUAUCUGGAUCAAUAUCGGUUAGUGCUGCAGUGAAACCAACAUUAGGAAAGGUAAGACCACAUACUACUUGUUAUAAAUAUAAUGAAAACUGUUAAAAGGGAACUGUCACUUUCCACCCAAGAAAAUUGAUUUAUUUUUCUUCAAGACAAACCAUUUUAACGAUGAUCAUAUUGGGGGAGUUGGGGCUCAAGGAAACAGUAGAGGCUUCUGUGUCUUGAACCGCGGCUGCAAAAGUCACUGUAAAAGUUGUGACUGAAAAAUCAACUUGUGGCGUCUGUAACAAUUCCUUUUAUUUGAGUACACGUGACAGACCAUGAUGCUGAUUGGUUAUCCACCUGCUCCUCAAGGAAACCACGCCUGCUACACAGAGAUAUCCCAUGGAGGUUUUACGGGGACAUCAUGUGGCAGCUGCGCAAAACUGUGUCCACUCAUCACAGUCAUAGUUCAACUCUAAGUUCCGACUGGUCUCUAGAUUGGUAAGUGGCAAGUGGGUGGUAACCACCACCACACGUCUGCACUGCUGAGUGCUGAAUGCCAGCUCCUCAUGAGCCGUUACUGAUGUUGUGAGAUUGUGAUGUCAGAGACGCCACUCACUACAGAGAAGAAGCAGUUCUUGGGAGGAGUUCUUGUGCUCUGUGACACCCUCCCCCCAUAAAGAUCGGCUGCUCCAGCAGCAUCCAAACAGUUUUACUUUAUUUUUUAAAUUUUUUUUUACAUGGGAUGGAUAUCUGUGUGUUCUCCCUCGAAAAGGUGUGUGCGCGUACAUGCAAGCACACCUUAGCAGUACAAGUGGUGGGAGGUAUACAGCAGAUGUGCUUCUGCAUUUUGGCCACGUCUGCUCUAUAGGGGCAUCUGACAUUUUUUUUUUUUUUUUUGCACCAAGGCACUCACUCCUUUACUUACGCCACUGACUAUGAUAUAUAUAGAACGUGUUGAUGUAUAAUCGUGUUACAUAAAAGCUGAAUAUGGGAAAACAUUACAUUUUUGCCACGUUUCCCAGUUUCUCAUGGCUACCCUGAAAAAUGCUACAGUAGCUAAUAACCCAAGAAUGCACGGUGUUGCAAUAUGUUGAGAAAUAAUUGUAUCUAUUCAAGCUUCCUGCUUGUGUCUGUAAAAAUCAAUGCAAACUCAGAUUGUGUAAUGCAAGAAAAUAUGUAACUUGAAAAACAAAAUAGGCAGAACAUUUCAAUUCUAUCACUCCAGCUACAAUUGGUUUUGUUUUGCUUUUGUUCUGUUUUGUUUCAUUAUAGGUUUGGUUUUUAUAAAGUACAAUUGUUACACUUGGAAAAAUAUGCAAUUAGAUUUGAUCUUGAGUCCUCUGUUAUAUGUCAUUUAAAUUAAACUAAAAUCUGAAGUACUUUAAACAGAGAUUUACACAUUCACAUUCCAUAUUGUUCUUCCUCAAAAAAAAACAAAAAAACCCUCUCCCUUGCCUUAGUCUAAAUCUCCUAAAAUAAUUAAAUAAUUAAUUAAAUAAAUAAAUAAAUGUGGCUAUGUGGCAUUUGGGGCAUAUUUACUAACUUGUGAAAACCACUGUGCAGCCAGAUGGCAAAAAAGCAAUUAAAAUACCGGGUCCUGCCCCUUUGUUAUUAAAUUUAGGGCCACCCAAAAAAUGUAAGUUCCAGUGAUCUGUCCACCCGCCAUUACAUGUUUUAUAGAAACAUAGAAACAUAGAAUGUGACGGCAGAUAAGAACCAUUCGGCCCAUCUAGUCUGCCCAAUUUUCUAAAUACUUUCAUUAGUCCCUAGUCUUAUCUUAUAGUUAGGAUAGCCUUAUGCCUAUCCCACGCAUGCUUAAACUCCUUUACUGUGUUAACCUCUACCACUUCAGCUGGAAGGCUAUUCCAUGCAUCCACUACCCUCUCAGUAAAGUAAUACUUCCUGAUAUUAUUUUUAAACCUUUGUCCCUCUAAUUUAAGACUAUGUCCUCUUGUUGUGGUAGUUUUUCUUCUUUUAAAUAUAGUCUCCUCCUUAACGUCUGUGGGUGCAGGCACAUAGGGAGGUGUGUAGCAUGGGACUUUUUCUAGCAUCAUACCCCGACCUGCAGCGUAAUUAGCCCUCAUAUUAGUAAGAGUUAUAUAACCAUUCCCCCACUGAUAGUUCAUUAUAUAUAUUAUAUAUUCUACAACCAUCAGACCAUUCGGGAUUAAUGAAGCUUCACCACAAACAGUGCACAUACAUGAAAUACCACAAACAGUGCACAUACAUACGAUAACAGACAACCUAUAAUACACAAAACCACAAAGAGCCCACACACACACACACACAACCCCACAAACAUCCCACACACAUGCAUGCACUGCCGCAAACCCCUACCCCAUAUACACUUUCAUAACACCGCAGACAUCCCAUACACAUACAAAAGGCACACACACACACUAUGCAUAUAGCCCACAAACAUACACACUAUUACGCACAGUCCACAUAUAGGAUCAUAAAUUCCGUAACAUGCAUAAACAUUUCCUUAUUAAAUAGAGACUUUACCUGGGCACAGGACUAACAAAAAGUUGCCUACUUCUGGCUUAGACAUUGAAUGCUUGAUGCUUACAAACAAAGUAGGGACUGUCUUAGUUUGUGGGUGGACUAUACAGAAGAUCCUUGCUGGGUUGUUUGGUUAAUGUUAGUAGGAAAAAUAUCUAAAUUGUGUUUUUAUAGUGAUAUUUGGAGUCCCCAGAAUAUUUUUUGUAUAAUUUUAUUGCUUUUUAACUAUUAACUGCAGCACUGAGAGUUUAAAUUACAAAAAUGUAUUAUUAAUGAAACUAUUGAAGGAGAGGGGUCUAACCAUGUCAAGAUUUUAAUUUUAAUUUAUUUAUUGUUACUGUGUUAAUUCUUAUCCUAAAGCAUAGAUUAGCACAGGAAAAGGGGGAUAAUAUGUUUACUAUAUAACAGUAGUUACUUCAUACCAGAACAAGUGAUGUAAAAAUAAAAUAAAAAAUCAUUGCAAAUAAGUCACUUCUAAUUUAUUAUAUUUUAGGUGAAAUCAAACUUGGUUCUGAACAUCAUAAGCUCAGUUGUUGCAGCUAUUGCAAUUAUAUUGCUUUGGAUUACAUUGUCUCUAGAUUGGUACGAAGGUCCAUACACCUGUUCUGAUGAUUCUGCAUCACAUCUUUGUGACGUUGAGGUAAAUAAACGCUCUAUGAUAGAUAGAUAGAUAGAUAGAUAGAUAGAUAGAUAGAGUUCUUGUAAUAGAAAAGAAAGGGAGGCUUUUCUUUUCCCCUCCCAUUUAUAUUUGGAUAUAGGAAAGUAAUAAAUGUGAGCAUCAGACAGACUAAAGGAACACUAUCGUCACCCAGACCACUUCAUCUCACUGAAGUACAGUGUCCCUGUUCUCUUCACAGUGCAAUGUAAAGCAUUUUAGUUUUUGAAAAACUCCAAUAUUUAAAAACAAGUGUUUUAGGUCCCCAAUACUCUUCUAUUAGUGGCAUUGGACUUGGCCAUAACGGACGAGGCCAUGCAUUUUCUGUGACAUCCAUGGGGGAGGAGAGGUGAACAGUGUAGCAUUAGCCUCAGCACUGAGAAAAGGUAAGUAACAUUUUAUUUUUUUACAGUUUUAUUGAGCCAGGGAGGGGGGGGGGCCUGAAAAAGCAUGGGGACAAGGACAUAAUAGUUCCGUCACUCCCUCAAAACAUGGGAUACAGAAGCAUGGUAAGGGUUUUAGACACCGGGGUCCCAGCCCAUUUUCUUUUUUUAAUCCUCAAUAAGUGUCACUGAGUGUUUCAAAUAUAUAAUGCAAAGAUGCCAUUCAUACUUUUAAUUUAAGUUAACUUGAUAUAGCGUAUUUAAAUGUGAAUAGCAUAAAUCUGUUUUAGCAAAGAAAAAACUUUAAAUGUGAUGUUUUAACCUCAUUUGACUAUCUCACCGCUCAUACAACUGUUACAGUUUGUGACAUCCAAUUACCCCCCUCACAGUGCCCUAAAAGUUCCAGUGACUGUGGCACCAUGCCACAGUGAUCAGAUACCCUUCAUAUAGGUCAUCAUAGGUAGCUAGUCCAGCCUUAAUAUGGCCAACGAAAAUACUUAAAAUUUAAUAACCCAACGUGUCUUCUUUUGCUAAUAAUGUACCAUGAUUGGGGUAGAGUACAGGUGAUUCUUGAUAUUAUUUUCCAAAAGCGAAAUAGGCCCAAUAAGUCAAAUUGGUCAAAAUCAGAAAUCUGAAAUGCGCACAUCUGUAAUCUAAACCCCAUAAAUUCUUAAAAAUCUUGCAAAUAUGGGGGUAUUGCGGUAUUACAGUAGUGGAUAGUAGUUAAUCUUAAUACACUAAAAAUAGUCGCCACUAGGGGGACCUCAAGUCAUGUAAUAAGGACUUGUAACCUUAAGGUAAGCCACAAAUUUGAAACACAAACCUUCUGAAAUCUAAUACUCCAACAGGUAAGAGCAUUAGACUAAACAAGUCCCUGAAUGAAAAUGUGAAAAAAAUAUAACCUUAUUAGAAUAUAGUCAUAAACAAUGGGACUUGAAAGUCAUGGGUACACAGUUAAAACGAUCAAAAUACUAGUAGGUUAAUAGGGAGUGAAAUUCUCUGUAGGUGGAUUGAGCGGCUAUAUGGUAGUUAUCAAGUGGAAAUAUUCUUCCAGUGAUAAAUGGAUAGCCAAAUACAUACUCUUUUUUCACUGUCUCUCUCUUUCUUUUAUUAAUAUGUAGUUAAAGGGUGGGACAAAGAUAGAGAUAUCUUUGAUUCUAAUAAUUUCUUUUUCAUUGCAGAUGAGAGUAAAUAUGGGAAUGGUGAUAAUAAUUUUCAUAAUGACAGUAACAGAGUUUUGUAUCACAAUAUCCACAUCUGUUUUUGGAUGUAAAACCGUGUGUGGAACAUCAAAUAAUGAAACGGUAAGUUAAAAGAAUAAAGAUUUGUUUCACGGGGAUGGAAUUAAAGAGCAAUAUUGCAAAGUCAGAUUUAUUUUGUAGUCACAUGGCUUAUUCAGUAGAAAGAAGGCAAAACUCUCCUUCUCUACUUGCAAUCAGCACGUGGCUGUUGAAAUGAAUUACAAAUAUAAGUCAGUGGACACAAAUUUAUUUAGUAUAUAUUGAUGGGUGUAAAAAUCACAUUGAAGUUACUUGCUACUCAGCAAAUUCUGGUAUCCAACAAACAAAUGCCAUACGCAGACAUAUGCACUCUACAUACCAUUUAAGAAUGAUUUGACAAGUUAUUAGGUCCCACUGGGCACCUGCCACCAUGUCUCUUGCUGUCGGAAGGACCUUUUACUGACCUAAGUUCAGCCAUACAAGGCCACUCUUAUUGGUGCACAGAGAUUCUACUCUCUUGCCGGUCACUCUUUGUGGUGUUGCCUCAUGGACAUUGUUUUCUUUGUUCACAUACAUCGUUUUCUUUAUUCUCUAUCCUUCGUAAAAAAGCUGAAUGGGCAGCUUCUAUCAGACCGGAUAUAGGAUAAAGAAGUUAUCCUUUUGCAGUCAGCAAGGUCACUAUACAAUAAUGUAAGAGAAACAAAAGAGUUGGGAGUACAAUACAGAGAAAGUGUCACUGUUAUACGACCCAAAUACGCAGAAUAUAAACCCACCAAAGAGGGACAGAGAAAGUACCUAUACUGGUCUUUAGAUCGGUCAGGCUAAACUAUUUUCAAUAAUUAUUUAAAUAGGAAUGUCAGAACAAGUCGAGGUCAAGGGGAGCCAGAAAUCACAAUAACAAAAUCCAAAACCGGUUCAAGGAAUCCAGAAAAACAGAAUAGUCAGGGAAUAGCCGGGUCAAAAUACCAAAGGACUAUAGAUAAGAUACAAAAUGGUAGUAAAAAUCACAAAAGGGGCAAAGGAGACCUAGGUGGGGGAUAAGAGGGACUAAAGAGUAAAAAGAGAGGGUAAGAUACACAAGAAAGGCAGAAACUGGGAAAAUAGGAGUAAGAUACGCAAAAGAGGAAGUAAGACAAAAGGGGUGUAAAAGACACAAAAAGUGGGUAAGAGACAUACAUGGGUAAACAAGGUUAAGACACACAAGGUUGUAAAAUGAAUUUAAGAGACUCUGAGGUUAAAAAACAAAACAAGGAGAUAAAGGGUGAUUAGAAAAAAAAACACAUAAGGACGGUCAAGAGAUACACACAGGUAGAGAGGUUUGCAGAUAAACACACACAAAAAAUUAUUUUUGCAGGGGACACUAACAAAGUUUUGCCCUGGUUGUCGAGUAACCUAGGUAUGACUCUGAUCUCACUUUGAGGUUUUAUUUCUGUUGUAAGAGAUUCAUAAAUCCAGGUUUUGGGAGAACAGAUGUUAUAGUUGGAAUGAUGUCACUAACAAGACUGGAAGGCUGGCAAAGUAGCAAACAGGGCCAACCUGACAUCACUGGCUCCCAACUAAAGAAUACGAGUGCUGGGCUAACCCCAGCACAGAGCACUCAGCUGAAAGUGGUAUUGAUGAAGCUGAAUUAUAUAGUUUUACAUUAUCAAUGCACACAAGAAAGGGGCAGUCUCUGGGUGCCAUGAAUGUUUGGCAAACCUAUCCCAUAUGGUUUGACAGUGAAGCUCCAAAUUAACGUUACAUAACCACUACACUGAGAUGCACUGGUUACGGUGCUUAGAAAGCUCCUUCAAAUAUGAAUUAUUGCAGGAGAUUUUAAAAGUGAAUAUUUUUAUAAAAUAAUCAAUUCUUGCAAAAUGUUGAAAAUGUGAAUGAUUUUACUUAAUAACUUAUAGACUAUGUUGCCACUAACAUAAUUGUAUUUGUCUUUCAUUUUAGAAAGAAAAUAUUUAUCAAACCCCAGUGGUAAAUGUUGGCGAUAAUACGACUGCUGCUGAUUCUACUGCCUUCACCAGAGAUGAAUCGAAUACUUAUGUCAAUAAUUAGGUCACUUCUAAGGGAAUCAAGAUUUUAAAAAUAAUUACAUAUUUCUUAAAACAUUAGUACCAGAGUUUUAAAGUUGUUGCACACGUUACAUAUGACCCCUUAUAUUUUACAUGCACUUUUUACAUUUUCAUCAAUGCUUUGCAGUUGUAUAAAUGGCUUUGUGAAAUAUUAAAAAUAACUUUUUUUCAUCGUUGUUUUUCUGCAAACUAGCAGCUCCUCAGCUGACAUUGUAUCAUUUACUCUUUAGAUGUAACCAGUUUCCUUUUUGGAGCCAAUCAAUGUGAAGCAAUGAUUCUGCAUUAAAAUAAUUAUUAUA